GUGUUAGAUAAUGUUCUGAUAAAUACCCAGAGCUCUGGGAGAAAAACGCAGGGAAACGCAGGAUCAAUUGUCUGCCAGCAUGCUGCGUUAUGGACUCGGAUUGUGUCGACAGCAGAUGGGGGCCGUACGCCUUACACCAACCCAGUCUUUGCGGUCAGCUGGUCCAUAUAUUGGGGCCCCAUGUCCUGCCCGUCGGUUCGUCUCGAACGUCUCAGCCCAGUCGGAACCCAGUGCGAGGCUAGCAAAGAUAGUAGAUGAAAUAGCAAAGAUUACUGUCCUGACACCCACACAGGGAGCCGAUAAUCUGAAGCAGCUCGAAGACAUUUCUAGGAAUUUCAUGUCCGACACAAUUACAGUCCCUACUAAGGAUAUGUACACAUACGCGACUCGCGCUUCUAUUGGCGACGAUGUUUAUCACGAACCGUCCACGGCGGCUCUAGAGAAUCACAUUGCACGACUUACAGGCAAAGAAGCUGCACUAUUUCUCCCCAGUGGGACAAUGUCUAAUCAAAUAGCCCUACGAACUCAUCUGAAACAACCACCUUACUCGGUCAUUUGUGAUGUCAGAUCACAUAUUCAUAGAUACGAGGCAGGAGGUACUGCAUUUCAUUCUGGCGCACAGAGCAUCACAAUUGCCCCUGCCAAUGAGCACCACCUGACACUUGAAGAUAUUGAGCCGCACAUAGUCUCAGGUGAUGACGUGCAUAUUGCCCCCACCCGCAUCAUUGCACUUGAGAACACCUUAAACGGUACAAUCAUACCACAACAUGAUGUUGUUACCAUAGCAGACUAUGCUCAUCGUCACAAUAUUGCAAUGCAUCUGGACGGUGCACGAAUCUGGCAUGUUGCAGCGGAGACGUGCACACCUGUGAAAGAAUUGUGCGACCCUUUCGACUCUGUCAGCCUAUGCCUGAGCAAGGGGUUAGGUGCCCCCGUUGGGACGAUCCUCGUAGGAUCCAGUCCUUUUAUUGCCAAGGCUCGGUGGUUCCGAAAACUUUUCGGUGGUGGAAUGCGUCAAACGGGUGUUUUGGCUGGUGCGGCGGCAUACGCACUGACACAGAACUUCCCAUUACUACCACGCGUUCAUGCUUUGGCAAAGCGUCUGCAGCAGGGUCUAGAAGAAUUAGGAGUGGCAAUUUUGAGUCCCGCAGAAACAUGCAUGCUAUUUUUUGAUCCCGCUCCAAUUGGGGUUGAAUACUGGGAAAUUGUCCAGCGUGCGUCUCAAUUGUCAAAACCAAUCAAGCUAGGAGGAUCGCGGCUAGUGGCUCACGUCCAGACAUCUCCUGGAGCUGUACAAGACUUUUUGGAACUAAUGAAGACACUGAAGGAGGAAAAAGCGCGAGAAGGAUGGCUCUUUCCACAGGACGGACCCAAGAAGAAUAAAAGUCUGUAUAAGGAUGUAUAUGUGAGAGGGGUGAAACCUCUUACAUAGUGGCCAAGUACGUGAAGUAUCAGUGUCCUAUCAAAGUGGCUAUAGUGGGCGGAAUGAACUUGUAAUAUUGUGAUAGAACUGGUUGGCAAAAUCGCUAAAACAGUAUUCUACGUGAAAAAAAUCAAUUUUCAUUCCGUGAACUGUAUAUAUCAUGCGCUACGCGCAGGAGGAAACUGUUGAAUAAGCCGUUCACAAUAUUAAAACCGAUUUAUCCUGAGCAAAAACACCAGAGGCACAUUUUAGUAUGACGUAAAGACUGAAGUCCGUGACUGAGUCCACCACACCGAGGAAAGAUCCAAUGAAUAACAAGUACCAAUUUAGGGAAACCUGUUGAGAAGGCAGAACCUGAACUCAUAGGCGAAGAGAGGAGAGUCGGAGAUAGAGGAAGGAGCGAUGAGAAAUGGCUAAAGGAAAAAGAUAACAAGGAUUGUAGAACAAUUUCUUGAAUGAUGAUAAAUAUAUCAGAGGGCAUGCAGAUGGCAGCUUGAAUUAUGCAGUGAUCGAUUGUAAUCAUUUUUCACAUGAUGACGCACUCCUUUUCUUCCAGUUUUGCACCCUGGAUACCCAUCUCUGCAAAUGUCGUCGGGGACUUGUGAGCGUUCUUGUUCACUGCGGACGGAUCUAUCGGCACAGGGCCAUUAGGCAUAGGGGCGGGACUACCCAUCGGCUGGGAAGGACCCAUGUGAGGGCUAUUCCCAGGUUGUGGCGGACCUCCCACCACACCAGGAGAUGGCCCAGAUGGUACUCUCUGGGCAGGUGGACGUCCUGCAGGUCGACCAUGGGGCGAAUGUACACGGGACGGAGGUCUCGAGUUCGGAGGCGAGCCUGCCGAACUGGAACCGGGAUCAACAAGAGUGUAUCGAUGUUGAUUUGGGAAUUGCCUCGGACCAUUAUUUUGCAUGCGUGGGCUUACUACAUUAGCGUUCUGUGCGAGUGAGGGAUGCGGUGCAGACCCUGGGCUGGGCCCAAGUCCAGGUUGAGAGGGGUAGCCCAUCUGAGGGCGCUGUUCUGGUACUGGCGACAACGCGUGGACUGAUGCAGGGCCAGGACCGUGAGGUUGACGAGCGAACGAGUUCUUUCGAAUAACAUCAACUACCUGUCUACUUUCUUCCAUACUUGGCCUUGCUGACCCUGUACCAUCGGUACGCUCAGAACGCUGUUUCGCUUGAGUACGCUUACGCACGAGCUUGCUCUCUGUAAUGUUGUCGUGUUCCUGUCGCGAUAGUGCUUGAGGUGAAGGUUGGUUUAGUGCUGCAAGCCGUUCGACAGCGUCGGCAUUCCCGUGUUCUGAAGCUUUCGUGUACCACUGCCUCGCAACUUCGAUGUCUUUUUGUCCACCCACUCCGACUUCGGUAUAGUACCCCAUUGCAAACUCCGCACUAGGCAGCCCUUUGCGAGCUGCUUUUUCUGCAAAAGUAAACGCAAGAGCCUCGUCUUUUUCGAAACUCCCCUCUGCUCCACAUAAGAACCAUUUACUGAGGGCCAUAUCUGCUUCGAUCUCCCCCUGCUGCGAUGCCAAUGAAUAGUAUUGCACACUUAAUAAUGCAUCAAAGGGAAAUGGUGCUUGGGCGAACUCGUAUGCAUGCCCCAACUUGUACUGCGCCGGUGCAAAGUUCAAGUAUGCUGCUCGUUCCAAGUGCUUUCGGGCCUCCUGUGCUGGAGAUGACCCUCGCGGCACAAAAGCUGCAAAGAGCUGUGGUGGAACAGUGAUAUGAGAAAAUUCGCCUAAAAGGAGCAGGCCAUAGACGUAUGCU